GAAUAUUCGUUUGUGGACCCUAUUUCCGCGGCAAGCAACGACUUUAAUUUGUUUCCACAACAAUAAUUUACCCAUUUUCACGCUCCUACGAUACGAAGACUUAACAAUGACCUGACCUGAGUGAGGAACACAACACAUCGAAGCACUUCUUUUCUAUCUCAAUGUCUUCUUCAUUAUCGGGUUUUGCACCUUUUGUUUUUCUAUUGCUCGUGAUUGGGGGCACGGCUAGGCCUUUGUAUCCACUUCCUGGCAAAGGUGACCAUGGUACUAAGCAGCCUCUUCAAACUUUUCGCCCAUAUAACGUUGCACAUAGGGGCUCAAAUGGAGAACUUCCUGAAGAAACUCGCGAGGCAUAUCUGAGAGCUAUUGAGGAAGGUGCAGACUUCAUUGAAACAGAUAUAUUAUCUUCCAAAGAUGGUGUUCUUAUAUGUUUCCACGACGUUACUCUUGAUAAUACUACUGACAUAGCAAAAUACAAAGAGUUUACUGAUCGUAAAAGAACAUAUGAAGUCGAAGGGGUCAAUAUCACUGGAUUUUUUGUCGUUGAUUUCACAUUAAAGGAAUUAAAGUCGCUGAGGGUGAAUCAGAGGUACUGCUUUAGGGAUCAACAGUUUAACGGAAAAUUUCAAAUAAUCACUUUUGAAGAGUUCAUUACCAUAGCAUUGGAUGCACCCAGAGUAGUUGGAAUAUAUCCUGAGAUAAAAAAUCCAGUACUUAUCAAUCAGCAUGUGAAAUGGUCGGACGGCAAAAGAUUUGAGGACAGGUUUGUUGAAACACUUCGGAAAUAUGGAUACAAGGGUUCAUACCUGUCAAAACAUUGGUUGAAACAACCUGCAUUUAUACAGUCAUUUGCUCCAACUUCACUUGUGUAUAUAUCAAAUCAAACGGACUUGCCUAAGAUUUUUUUAAUCGAUAAUGUUGAUAUUUCAACACAAGACACUAAUCAGUCAUAUUGGGAAAUUACAUCUGAUACAUACCUAGACUACAUAAAGCAAUAUGUUGUAGGAAUUGGACCUUGGAAGGAUACUAUAGUACCUGAGGUUAACAACUAUGUGAUGACUCCUUCGGAUCUUGUUGCCAGGGCACAUGCUCAUAAUCUGCAGGUGCAUCCAUACACGUACAGAAAUGAGAACAAGUUUUUGCAUUUCAACUUUAGUCAAGAUCCUUACAAGGAGUAUGAUUACUGGAUCAACAAAAUGGGAAUUGAUGGUCUGUUUACAGAUUUCACUGGCAGUCUUCAUAAUUUUCAGGAAUGGACAACCCCUAACCGUCAAGAUGACAAGACUGCAUCCGAGCUAUUGCAUAAAAUUGCUGUGUUAGCAUCCGCUUAUGAAUAAUUUUUGAGGUGUCAGAUUGUGUGUAAAAAGCAUGUGCUUGGAUUAAUUUAUUGUGUUCAGAAGCUUAUAUAUCAACAUGUUCAAGAGAAUGUUUGACUGAAAAGCUAUUUUGUCUACAUACUAAGGAAAAAUCGAAUUCAAAUCUAUUUCUUUUUUCAGAUAAUAAAUUCAUAAGUUUAAACUA